GGGGCCCUGCGUCCCGACCGUUGAAAACGCGUUCCAAACUUUCGAACUUCGAACACACACUUUUUGUUACUGGCCAGUGUUUUUGUGUAAAAUGCGGUUGGACGUUGUGAUGAAGUGGGAAAUACAGUUGAUAGUGUUGGGAAUUUCAGUGUUGUUCCGCUGCACGGAUUCCAUCGAUUUGCCAACAUUCGUGGGUCCAGGGUCCAACGUGACAGUAGCAGUGGGCAGAGAUGCAUCACUCACGUGUAGAGUGGAUAAUCUACAAAGUUUCAAGGUGGCGUGGCUCCGCGUAGACACGCAGACCAUCCUCACCAUCGCCGGGCACGUGAUCACGAAGAACCACCGCAUCAGCGUCGGCCACGGCGACGGGACCUGGACCCUGGGGCUCAAGGACGUGGGCCCGAGCGACGGCGGCAGAUACAUGUGUCAGGUCAACACGGAGCCCAUGAUGAGUCAGACGCAUCGGCUGCAGGUUGUCGUUCCGCCAGACAUCGAUGAUGAAGCGAGCAGCGGCGAGAUCCUGAUGAAGGAGGGCGAAGACGCCGCAUUGAGGUGUGUGGCGUCGGGAACCCCGCCCCCGACUAUCGUCUGGAGGAGAGAAGACUCUAGGCAUUUUAGGAUUAACAAUUCAACAUUAGUGUCCAAAUGGAACGGCGAGUGGCUGAACUUGACCGGCGCCGAGCGAGCGGCGUCCGGAGCGUACCUCUGCAUCGCCAGCAAUGGGGUCCCGCCCUCCGUCAGCAAGAGAAUCAUCAUUAAAAUUAUGUUUGCCCCUUCAAUCUGGGCAGGACGAGUCGCCAUCCGCGCGCCUGCAGGCAGCGCCGUAACCCUCACUUGCACUGCGGAGGCGUUUCCUGUACCACUAGUCUAUUGGACGCUCAACGAUCAGAAACUCACUAACAGUUCCAAGCAUAGAAUGACCGUGUCAUCCCGCGGCUUCCGCCACUCCCUAUCGCUGCUCGUCGCUGGCGUGUCGCGCGCUGACGCGGGCGCGUACCGCUGUGGCGCCGAGAACGCCUACGGGCGUGCACAUGCCGAAUUAUUGCUGCACACGUUAACAACAACAACAACGACAACGACAACAACAACCACGACAACGACAACGACAACAACAACAACCACGCCGCCACCCACCACCACCACUAUAUUCUAUGACGUAGAGCAACACCUGGAGCAGCUGCAUCGAGGGGUCCUGGAGGACCCCGCGCUGGGGGACCCCUACAUCGUGCUCAGUCAACACCAGAUGCAGAACCUUGACAUGGCAACAACGAUAUGACCAGAGGCCGGGCGCGGCGCCCCAUGGAGCGAAGGCUGGCCGCCGCUCGCCGGCCGCGCCGCGCGCCCCGCCCUCCUCUGGGCCCCCCUCCUCGCCCUGCUCUCAGCCGCGUGAUGGUGCGCAUGCACAUAGACUUUGUUGCCGUUGUGUU